AUGGCGGCGGCUACGACGAGGGUUCUCGGAUCCAAAUCGCCCGACUGCUUCCAGCUCCGGGACCCUAAUUCCUGGGUUUGCUUGACCGAGCUUGCGAGCGAUGUGGUCGUCGAGGUCGGGGACAUCUCCUUUCAUCUCCACAAGUUCCCCUUAAUCAGCCGGAGCACCACGCUGCAGAAGCUCAUCGCCGAGUCCACCACCUCUUCCGACGACCAAGACGGCGGCAAGCCUUGCACCGUGCAGCUCGACGACCUCCCGGGCGGCGCGGCGACCUUCAGGCUCGCCGCCAAGUUCUGCUACGAUAUCCAAUUCGAGCUCAACGCGGCCAACGUCGUCCCCGUGCGCUGCGCGGCCCAGCGCCUGGGCAUGGCCGGCGAGGGCAACCUCGCCGCCCACGCCGAGGCCUUCUUCGUCCGCGACGUGCUAGGCAGCUGGGACGCGGCCGUGCGCGCGCUGCAGGCGUGCGACGACGGCGAUGACGUCGUGCGGCAGCUCGCCGAGGACCUCCUCCUCGCGCCCCAGUGCAUCGAGUCGCUGGCGGCCAAGGCGUGCGCCGACCCGACGCUCUUCGGCUGGCCCAUGGUCGAGAACUACAUGGCGAGGUGCGUCGAUGCCGCGGCGCCGCCCGUGAUGUGGAACGGGAUCAGCACCUACGGGAAGCCGCGGUCGCCGGGCGCCGGGUGGUGGUACAGGCAGGCGUCGUCGCUCCGGCUGCCCCUGUACAAGCGGCUCAUCUCCGAGAUGCGGUCCAGGGGCAUGAGCCCCGAGGGCAUCGCCGGCUCGCUCGCGCACUACGCCAGGCGGCACCUCUCCGGCCUCAACCGGCGCGACGUUGCCGGCGACGUCGGCGCGUCGGACACCACGUCGUCCGAUGACGUGGUCGGCGAGCAGCGUGUGCUGCUGGAGGAGAUCGUGGCGCUGCUCCCCGCGGAGAAGGGCGUCGCGACGACGAGGUUCCUGCUCGGCAUGCUCCGCACGGCGACGGUCCUGCACGCCAGCGCGGCGUGCCGGGACGCUCUGGAGAGGCGGGCCGGCGAGCAGGUGGAAAAGGCGGCGCUGGAGGACCUCCUGAUCCCCAACACCAGCUACUCCACGGACACGCUCUACGACGUGGACUGCAUGCAGCGCAUGCUGGAGCAGUUCCUGCUGUCCAACACGACGGCGUACGCCGAUCCCUUGCCGGAGAUCACGGCGGACGAGGCCCCGCCCGGAGAGCUCAUGCCGGCCAGCACGGUAGCCAAGCUCGUCGACGGGUACCUCGCCGAGGUCGGCACGGACGCCAACCUCAAGUGCUCCCAGUUCCAGCAAAUCGUGGCGCUUGUCCCUGACUACGCCCGGUCCCUCGACGAUGGCCUCUACCGCGCCAUCGACAUCUUCAUCAAGGCGCACCCGUGGCUGACGGAGUCGGAGCGGGAGCAGCUGUGCCGGCUGAUGAACUGCCAGAAGCUGUCGCUGGAGGCGUGCACGCACGCGGCGCAGAACGAGCGACUGCCGCUGCGGGUGGUGGUGCAGGUGCUCUUCUUCGAGCAGCUGCGGCUGCGCACCACGGUGGCCAGCUGGUUCUUCGUCGGCGACAACAGCGCCGCCGUCGCCGACCAGGGGUCCCCAAGGAGCUCCCGCCCGAGGAAGAGCCGGACCGGCGAGGUGGACUUCGGCAUGGGGUCGGAGAACAACGACCACGAAGAGGUCGAGGUGUACACGCCCGGGAGCAGCAGCGAGCCGGCGUCGGCGAUGAGCGUGCACGAGAUCCGGCAGAGGGUGGUGGGCCUGGAGGGGGAGUGCUCCAGCAUGCGGCAGGAGAUGCACCGGCUAGGGAAGCCCAAGGGAGCGCUCAGUAGGCUGUUCCGGAAGCUCGGGCUCAGUGGCGGCGGCAGGACGUCGUCGUCACGGCAGCAGCAGCCACGAUUGCCAAGCUCCGGCGACGAGAAGCGCAGCAGGUUCUUGGAUUUGGGGUGUUAG